GGCGAGGCGCUGGAGGACAGCGGGCUCGGUGGCGCCGCGGCUGAGAGAAGGGUGAGCGAGGGGGAGCCGCGGCCGCGGGUGCCGCAGGGAUGGCGGCGGCGAGGGGGUUAACCCCUGAGGGGAGGCCCGCGGGCCCCUCCGGCCCCCGCUGAGCGCUCCUCCGCGCUGCGCGCAGCCGUCACGCCCCUUCCCCCGCGGGCGGGCCGGCGCCGUCCCGGCACUGCAGUCGCCAUAGAGACCGCGCUGCACGCCAUGGGGCGGAGGCUGGGCCGGGGGGCGCCGCGUUAGCCCAUCCCCCGCGGCGGCCGGGCUCCGCAGGGACUCGCCCCGAGGAGCCGCCGCCGCCGCCGCCGCCUCGGCCCCGUUCCAGUCGCUGGUUAAAUGGAAGCCACUCCUGGGAUCUGGAUGGUUUCUACUGACAUAGACUUUGUGUAGCAGCUCCAUCGCGUCAGAGGGUUGCAAUGAGUGGAGGAGGGGAGCAGCCUGACAUCCUCAGUGUGGGAAUCUUGGUCAAAGAAAGAUGGAAAGUGUUGAGGAAAAUAGGAGGCGGAGGAUUUGGAGAAAUUUACGAUGCACUGGACUUGCUUACUCGGGAAAAUGUUGCACUGAAGGUCGAAUCAGCUCAGCAGCCAAAGCAAGUGCUGAAAAUGGAAGUAGCUGUGUUGAAGAAAUUGCAAGGAAAAGAUCAUGUUUGUAGAUUCAUUGGAUGUGGAAGGAACGACAGAUUUAACUAUGUGGUCAUGCAGUUGCAGGGUCGGAACUUGGCAGACCUGCGUCGGAGCCAGUCUCGAGGAACAUUCACCAUUAGUACCACUCUGCGGCUUGGGAAGCAGAUUUUGGAAUCUAUUGAAAGUAUUCAUUCUGUGGGAUUUCUGCACAGGGACAUAAAACCGUCUAACUUCGCAAUGGGACGUUUUCCUAGCACCUGUAGGAAGUGUUAUAUGCUGGAUUUUGGCUUGGCACGGCAAUUUACCAACUCAUGUGGGGAUGUCAGACCAAUUUCUUCAGCAGAUACUGCAAAUAACCUGGAACAAUGUAAAAGCAUGUUCUCCAAAAAACAUAGUACUCUAUUGCCACGAGCUGUCGCUGGUUUUCGAGGAACAGUACGAUAUGCGUCAAUCAAUGCUCAUAGAAACAGAGAAAUGGGUCGACAUGAUGACCUCUGGUCCCUGUUCUACAUGUUGGUGGAAUUUGUGGUUGGGCAACUGCCUUGGAGAAAAAUAAAAGAUAAGGAGCAAGUGGGCUCCAUUAAAGAAAGGUAUGAGCACAGACUUAUGUUGAAACAUCUUCCUCAAGAAUUCAAUGUCUUUCUGGAUCACAUUUCUAAUUUAGAUUACUUUACAAAGCCUGAUUACCAGCUUCUCAUGUCUGUGUUUGACAACAGCAUGAAAACAUUUGGGGUUAUUGAAAGUGACCCUUUUGACUGGGAGAAGAGUGGAACUGAUGGCUCUCUGACAACAACAACAACUUCAACCACGCCUCAGUUACACACUCGUCUUACUCCAGCUGCAAUUGGGAUUGCCAAUGCCACUCCAAUCCCAGGAGAUUUGCUGCGAGAAAACACAGAUGAAGUGUUUCCUGAUGAGCAGCUCAGUGAUGGAGAGAAUGGUAUUCCAGUUGGUGUCUCACCAGAAAAAUUGCCUGGAUCCCCUGGGCAUCAGCGUCCUCAGGAAAAAGACGUUUGGGAAGAAAUGGAUGCAAACAGAAACAAAAUCAAACUAGGGAUCUGUAAGGCUGCCACAGAGGAAGAAAACAGCCAUGGGCCAGUGAAUGGAAUGCUUAAUGCGCCGAGUCUCGGUUCUCCAAUUCGUGUUCGCUCUGAGACCACCCAGCUAGACAGAGAUGUCCCACUGGUGCGAAAGUUACGUUCAAUUCACAGCUUCGAACUGGAGAAGCGUCUGACCUUGGAGUCAAAGCCAGACACUGAUAAAUUUCUUGAGACCUGUUUGGAGAAGAUGCAGAAAAACUUGAAUGCUGCGUCAGAGACUCCUGUUGCUGCUGUUCCUCCUCUUUCUCAGAAAACACCCAUUCCUGCCUCUGUGACUGCCCGCAUGGACCAUGUUUGGCACUAUGAUGAAGAAUAUCUUCCAGACCCUUCAAGGCCCGUGUCAGCUAGUUCUCCAGAACAUGUUGAUGGUGUUAUUAGCAAUGGAUUUGUAGCUGUCAACUUAAGCUCCUGCAGGCAGGAGGUUGAUUCUAAGGAAUGGGUGAUAAUAGAUAAGGAACGGGACUUGCAGGACUUCAGGAUAAAUGAGGCUUUAGGGCACAAAACGACUGGAAGUCCCUCAGAUGAAGAGCCAGAGGUACUACAGGUUCUAGAGGAAUCCGGUCCAGAAGAGCAGCCCAGACAGGGUGGUUGGGCAGGAAACAGUGUCCAUGCCAAGAACCAAACCUCAGGGGUGGAGUUUGUUCUAGCCAUGGAGUGUCAUCCUGCUGCUUCCGAACAGCUUACAGAUAAAUUGGAACUUCUGUCUGGAGCUGCUGGACAGCUUCUUGCAGCCACCCCUACAAGUCCUAUGGAAGCUCAAGCAGAAGGAGCACUCACUCCGCUCAACUCAUCUCAUAUGCUGCAUUUCUCCACUCCAAGAAUUUCAAGUCCCAUCCUCCGCACCAUGAGCCCUAUAGCCUAUCUAUCCAUCCACUCGGACCCCCUGAAAGAGGCUGGUUUGCCAAGGAGUCAGUCAGCAGAGAGCCACUCCUCUUCCUCCCGCUCAACUGGUCGUAGGCAGCUUCCUGUCAUUCCCUGUGGCAACAAGUUCCCCCCUGUCAUUCGCAUCUCAAAAGCACAACUGCAGCAGAUAACAAUACCCAGACCUUCAGUGGCAUCCACACAGUCUGCUUCAGAGAGCUUUCAUUAUGGCCACCAGCUAGAGAAGAGAGAGCAGGAUGCUCAGUCUAUGGAGCACACCGUGGAACUUUCCUCUCCAAAGGAAAGUUUGCCAGGUUUGGUUGUGACAGAAGAUGCACUUCCAGCUAGUGCCAGUAGACCAGAUUUGGUACUUAAUAUCAGCCAAGAGGUGCUUGAUAGGGAAGGACUUGUCAAAGAAUGUGUCAGUGUCAUGAACUGUGGCCAAAAGGACCUACCUGAACAACAUAGUAGGAUACAGGAAGAGAAAGAACUUGAAAAUAUUCCUGUAGAGGAAGCUGAGGAAGAAAGGCUUCCAGUGGUUUCUGAGGAUGCCAUUGAAAUGCUAAGCAAAGAACAGAAUUCUUUGCCAGGAAACUCAAAAUCUGCAGAGGAAGAACCUCUAACAAAUACUGAUGCUGCUGAAGAAUCAAAGCCAAGGCCCAUCUGUUUGGUGCCAAAUCAAGAUGAGGUUCUGAAGUCGAUAGCACCUAAAACAACAGAAUUUUCUCCCUCAAGACUUACCAACCCACAUGUCAAUAGACAGGCAUGCAAAAUAGCACCAGUUCAGGAAAAUGGCUUUCAUUUUAAUAAGGAAGAAGUUCAUAUCCAAGACUUGAAAUGCCACCAAGUGGCCCUUACUACUUUUUUGCACCAGGAGGACAAAAAAGAGAAAAAUGCUCCCAGAAAUGGAGAGUUAUUCCACUGCAUUUCAGAAAACGAGAAUGCUCAUCGACCUAAGAAGGACUUAGUUAAAUCUCCUUUUGUAUUCAGGCAGAGCCGAAUCCCAGUUUUAGCACAAGAGAUAGACUCAACGUCAGAGUCCUCUUCUCCUGUUUCAGCAAAGGAAAAGCUGCUUCUAAAAAAGGCCCAUCAGACAGACUUGGUCAGACUACUCAUGGAAAAGAGACAGCUUAAAUCUUUCCUUGGUGACCUCUCAAGUGCCUCUGAUAAGUCACUGGAGGAAAAAAUGGCUGCUGCUCCAGUACCGUUUUCUGAGGAUGAUGUCUUAUCCUCAUUUUCUAGAUUGACUCUGGACUCUCAUUUCAGCAAGCAGAUGGAAGAUAGCUCUUUAUCUCCAAGCAGCCCUCAGUCCAGAAAAAGCAAGAUUCCAAGGCCAGUGUCCUGGGCAACCACUGAUCAAGUCACCAGUUCAAGUUCAGCUCAGUUCUUUCCUCGGCCACCUCCAGGAAAACCGCCUACUAGACCUGGGGUAGAAGCUAGGUUACGCAGAUACAGAGUCCUAGGGAGUAGCAGCUCGGACUCAGAUCUUAUCUCUCGUCUGGCUCAAAUCCUACAGAAUGGAUCUCAAAGACCAAGGAGUUCUACCCAGUGUAAGAGUCCAGGAUCUCCACAUAGCCCAAAAACACCACCCAAAAGCCCUGUCAUCCCCCGACGCAGUCCCAGUGCCUCCCCUAGGAGCUCUUCUUUACCCCGUACUGCCAGUUCUUCUCCGUCCCGGGCUGGGAGACCCCAUCAUGAUCAGAGGAGUUCAUCCCCACAUCUUGGGAGGAGUAAAUCACCUCCUAGCCAUUCAGGCUCCUCAUCUUCUAGGAGAUCCUGCCAACAAGAGCACUGCUGCAACAAACCAAGCAAGAAUGGUCUGAAAGGAUCUGGCAGUUCCUUCCACCAUUCCCCCAACACUAAGACUCCCACAGGAAAGAGCAAAUCAACCACUAAGCUUAGCAGAUAGGAACUGGGCCUUGACAGGUAUAAAGCCUCCUCCUAAAUCUGAUGCAUGUUGUGUCUGUGUACUGUGUAUUUAAAAAAAUAAUGAAAAAAAGUAUAUUAAAAAAAAAAAAAAGGUGUUGAAUCUGCGCUUUUUAAAGAAAGCAAGCAUCAUAAACUAUUCAUGAGAAAGCAUUCUGUGUAAAUAAGUGGCCAGGCAUUGCCUAAGAGCAGGCAGCAAGCAGAUCCGCGGAGGGGAAGUCGAGGCCAGGAUAAGAAUGACUAGGUAGUCAAAGAGGUGCAAUGUUAUUUAGAGUAAAAAAUAUCUCUAAGGUGAGUGUUUUAAAAAGAUAUUUAUUUCUAUGUUUUUAGUUUACCUAGCUAGAUUUGGCCUAAUUAUUUAAGGCCUUACAUACUCAAGGAGUAUGUAAGAAAACCUGCAACGGUUAUUCCCAAAAUAACGUCACCACUUGGGAGAUAAGUACUGCUCAAGCGUGUCUUUGCAGUUUUAAAAAAGCACACAAUUUAGAAGAUGGUGGUAUUUCUACCUUAUAAGCCUCUUCCAUUUUGAGCUGCACACAACUCUGAGUCACUCAGUGCUCAUCUUGUCCCUUGUCUGCUGUGGCACAGACUUUUACCUAAGGAAGUAUCAUAUACCUUGCCUCUUCUUGACACUGAUGACAUUUUAAAAAUUAAUACUAACAUUUGCCAAGAUGCUUUUAUAGCUAUAUUCUUUAGAAAUCUGUUUAGUACUCAUUAGGAUCCAAGAAGCUAAUUUUCAGUUCUAUAUCAUACACUUCUUUAGGAGUCGUAGUGGGGUCCUUCAAACAUAACGGUACAGCACCUUUUGCUAUAUUCAGAAGAGAAUAGUGGGUAAGAAUAGUAACGCACAAGAACGCAAGUGUGAGAAGGAAGCAGCCAGCUCUCCCUAAUUAUUCCUGAUGUGGGAAUGCUGGAUGCAUAGGAGACUUGUCAGUUACUGAUCUGCUUGCUGUAGUCAUAUUGCCUCUCCAGCCAGCAUCUGUGCUUUUUUAUUUAACCUCUGCCAAAUGAAUACCUUUGGAUUAAAAAGGGAAUAUUUUGUCUCUGAGCUAACACAUUCUAAUGCUGCAUUAAAGCUGCCCUGGAGCUGCACUGAAGUUCACUUGCUUUGUCAGACUAUGUUGAUUUAAUCUUUUUUAGUUUCUUACAAUGAAUAUGUAUAUUGUUUCCCAUAUGUAAUGUAGCACAGUGUGGAACCUUAAUUUCAUUCAGGUUUCAAGCACUACAGAUGAAUGCAAUAGGUAGGGUAUACCUGCUUUUUUUGAAGAAACUGUACCAUUGGAAAGUCCUAUUCCUUUGUAUUAUAUUGUAUAAUAGGUGCUAUACCAAUAAUUGCAUGUCCUCAUGAUAAAUUAUAUAAUAUAAAUAUUUAUAUAUAUACAUACAUGUAUAUGCUUAUAUAAACUCAUUCUUUCUCAUUUUUCAUUUGUAAUUUAUGGACCACAAAUAAUACAGUUCCCUUUCUGUUAGUUACUGAAUACUUUUGGCAUUACAUCUUCUAUUUCCCCCCUAAAAUUUCUGGAAUGCACAAAUUCUAGCAGCCUUUAUACCUUGGUACAAGAUUGAAGGACUGCUGAUUUCUCAACCAGCCAAUGUUUUGUCUUGCAGCUUGUUUUUUUUCUUUAUAAUUUUGUGUGUGCAUUUGCAUAUGGAACAAGAAGAGAGACUCAGAAGUAUUUUUAUUUUUGAUUACAGAUAGGGCUCAUUUUGAUUUCAUAAUGUGAGUUCUAAAUUGCUAUGAAUGCUCUUCAUAUACGAGCAGUGACAGUCAAUGAAUACCUAACAGAUGAAUGUGACAACAACAAAUUCUAUCUUUUCCUUCCUAUUUUCUUCAUGUUUCGUUAGGUAUACCAUAAAAAGAAUUUGGUCCCAUUGUGAUAUUUUUGCCUUGGGCACUGCUGGAUUUAUUUGUUAAGGUGGUGUGGCAGCCUAUGAUUAUUUUUCCUCCCCUCUCCCUUAUUUCUCCAAAGCAUUUAUUGUGGUCUUGUAAGUUUAUUCCUAUAUUAACAUGGUCAGUUUUAAUAGGUACCAACUUCAUGCAUCCUUGCCUGAAACACUGAAGUCAAGGUGUUUAUAUUUUCUCUCCAGUGGAGCAGGAUCCAGAAACAGGUAAUUGCUUUGCAGGUGAGAAAGAAUAUAACACCCAAGGAUUUUUUUAUGCUGUCUUCAAAGUACAAACUUGUCCAUUGUUACACAUUACUAUGUAAAAUAAACCAAUGCUGUAGAAAUGCACUUGUACUUGAACUACUUGCCAAUGUAAAAAUAGUAAACUAUGCCAAAAUGGAGAAAGAGAUACCAAUCAUGAUUGAUGACCCAGGCUUCUUUCAGUGCAGAAAAAGGUAGAAGGACUGUAUAUCCUCAGUUGCUUUUUGCUGUGGAUUCAACAGAAUCUAGUGAGAAAAUCAUGAAGAUAUGGAUGGAGGAGUGAUUGUGAAUAACUUUAUCUGAACUACCCACUCCUCUGGAGUUUUUUAUUGCUUGAUACCCUCCCCCCAGAAGUUUACAGAACUGCUUACUAUAGUCUGACAUAGCAGUCAGUUAAUGUAGUUAGGUAGUGGUCAGCUGAUCAACUCAUACAUAAAUAUUAGCUUAAUAUUUCUAGAGGGCCUGCAUAAUCAAGAACUCUGUAAGCUUCAAUAUUUGCAUAUGCAACUGACUCUGCAUAAAACCACCGAUGUACAUGUGUGUGGCCCUUGUGCAGAGCGUGAAUGAAUGGUUUACGGAGGGUUAUCUGCAACAACUUUUCAGGGACGGGGAAGAUUUUUCUCCAUUGUACAAAACGGUUAGUUAUUCUGCAUAGCACGCAGCAGCUUACACAGGGAUUUUAGCUGGGAAACAAUAUAAUUCAAGGAGCCGUUGCUUUGUCCUCUUCAAGCCUCCAUUUCUUUGGAGGGCAGUGCAAUGGAGCCAUGACAUGUAGCAGAUGCAGAUGCUGCACACACAUUUCUUCUUUAUGGCGUUUCCUGUGUUGUGGCCAGCACUUUGGAGUAUUUUUUUAGAAAAAUUGAGGCAUGAAGCCUUUAAACUAAAAUAGAACUUGAAAAGACUGAACAUUUCACACUACUUUUGUGCUGUGAUAUUGCAUGGUAUUCUAAGUUGCAACCUCAAAAAUCUAUACUAAUAUUAAUAAACCUCAUUAUUAAUUAUAAAUGCCAAUUACUACUUAAGUAAAACCCUGUUAAAAGUAAUAGAAGGUGUGAUACAGUAGAGCAACACUGGCAAGCUGUAUGAUGCUAGGCACCUAUCUACUACUUGAGCAGGAUCGGUAAGCAUAGGAAAUUUCAGUGCUCAAUGGCAGGAACAAUAUGAGGUCUUAACUGCUAGUUAUUUACAAUUAUUCAGGAGGUAAACCCCUGGGGAGUGACACGGGGCAUUAUAGCCACCAGCCACAUCCUGGCUUGGGAAAUCUGGUCAUUCUUGCCUUGAAGCCUGCAUGUUUGAGAUUGAGCUUUCUCGCAUACCUCACUAAACAGUCUUGAUGUAAAGAGGAGGAUCUGGUCCCAUAUAUUUAAAAUUUGCUUGAAAUAUUUUUCAUCUGGAAAAGACUUGCAAGAUCUCUAUCAUUUACAAUUUGUAGUAUCACGGUAUUAACUAUAGCUGGGAAAACACACAGUUUUGAUUUUAUAUAUAUAUAUAAAAAUAUGCAUUUGUACAUAAGUGUAUCUAUAUAUACACUUAUAUAGAUACUGUAUAUUCUCUAGAAACAUAUAUACAUACAUAUAUAUGUGUGUAUAUACAUAUAGAUAGGAACAGUCUCAGCUAUUGCAUCCCGUUUACUAGAAUUCAUGUGCCAGAGUGAGCUGAGGCCUGUUAUGCUUUGAUUUGCUCUGAUCUCCUCUUCAUCUACCAUAAUUUUGCUAUGCCCUAAUUCUGAUUCCGUGUCUUUUCCAUAUUACAAGGCCUGAUCCUAUAGUCCUACCUGGGCAAAACUCCCAUAAGUCCUUCUUAUUGCAGUAACAUUUAUGCAAUGGUUGACUGUAACGUUUCUAAAAAUACAGUUUCAUUUUCUCUUCAGUGAGAAUGUAGACAAAGCCAGACUUAAAGUACAGACGCUUUCCUGUAAGCAGAAUUUUUCCAUGAUGGAUUGGACAUUUUUGUGGAACACUAAGAGACAUAAAAUCUGGUAAGAAGAAAGUGAUUAUUCCAGUUCCUUAAAAGGGUUUAAUGGCAGACUAGGGAUAUAUGCCCCCAAUUUUUAUAUAGGUGUUAAACGAGAGAGGAAUCUUCUGAAAUGGAGCAGGAGAAUUUUAGCUCAAAGUCAAAUUUGUUUCACAUUAUAGGUCUAUAAUAUAUUGAUCUUAAUUUUUUCAUGCAGGACUGUGAGGUGACGAGAGCGAUGCCUACCUUGUCAAUUCCAGUGAGCAAGGGGCUUCUUAGGUGUUUUAAGUUAACACCAUUUUUCCCUGUGGCACAUUCUCUGUAUGCAUUUCUGCUAUAAGGAGUGGUCAGAGAACUGUGAGUUACAGAAAUUAAAAGCCUUGACAAUUAUCCAUGAUUCCUUUCUUCAAGUGGUAAAAGCUUUGGAUGCUCAUUCCUAUUUCUGAAACUUAUGGAACAGGGCAUAAUAUUUUUAUUCUACUUUUAGCUAACUAAGUAGGCAGUGGACUGAAGAGUUUUGUUUGCUGUUUUGCUUUUGGCUGAAAUGUCUGUUUGCAAUUACUGCAAUUUUCAGUAACCAGUAACACUGGUAAAAGGAAGCGAGGUUCAGUGUUUUGACUACAUGCAGUAGGUAGGCAUAGGGCAUACAUUUCUUAGCUAAUACAUGCAAUUCGCAUAAACACGCACCUCACAGAAGAAUACCUCAGCUGUCUGCUUGAAGCCAGCCUUACCUACAUUUAACAGUUGUAAAAGAGAAAUUAUAUAAAUCAGCCUGAAUUGUGUAAUAAUUGUCUGGAAUUAUGCUGAUACUGUCAAAUGCUGAAAAGUUUUAUCACUCACUUUCCUGUGGUUUAAAUAAUCAGGCUUUUAAAUGUUAACCUUUAAGGUUUGUUUUGUUUUGCUUUUUAAAGAAAAAUGCAUAGGAGGGAGCAUAUUGUAUUUGAAGUCUAAGGUAUUAGCUUGGCUAUUACUCUAGCCAUCCAGGUUUGAACAUGUAGGCUGGUUUUACUCUCCAUUGCUGGGUAACACCUUCUAUCCAAAUAGCAGUAGUGACAAACUCAAAUGUUAGCAUAUGUCAUUUAGGUAUUUUGCUCCUGUUUCUCCUCUGCACGAAGAGCUUGGAUCCUUGCGAAUUCUUGCUGGUUUUGUGCAGGUGAAACUUCCAUUAAAAUCAGUAUAGGGUCUUGUUUUGAGUUGGUUUCCCCUGUUUAGAGGCUGAAGGAAUAAACUCACUCUAUAAAUACCAUAUUUGCGGUUGCUGUAUUUUAAAUUGGGAAAUGCUUAUUUUUUAAUAGUAUUAUGACAUGACAUGCCUUUUGCUCUCUCCUUUUGUGUAAGAAUGACUGCUGAGAGCCAGCUUUGGCCAAGAGCACAAAGUGGUUCCUUCUGAAACAAUACCACAAGUGGGCUACUCAUAGGAGGUUCUGAUCAUCCACAGCUGUCUGUGGGAAUUCAGGUGGAAUUAAUUUGAGUUACAGAUGUUCAUUUCCUUUUGAGAUCACUUGAUCUUUGGCCUAACUUUUAUAUAAAGGACCUAUAGUACACAGCAGACAAGCUUGCUCCAAAAGAUACAGUGUAAUUAGUUUGGUCUGCCUGGCUUCAAAUCCUUUUAAAUCCGUAUCUGCUGCGUGGCAGGCAAGUUUGACACAAGGUGAGGUGGGAUUUUUUUUUGGCUAUUUCACAUCUUUUUUUUGUCUGACUGGAGAUCUGGAUUGGUUGCCUAACAGCCUUCUCUGCAACCUCUUUACUUUCCUUGGCUAGAAAGCAAGAUUUGAAAUUCUUCCCCAACCUCUAACUUUCUGUCCGUAGAGUCAGCCCAGAGGUGAGUUGCAGUGCUUGCGCUAACAGAUGUCAAUUUUCAGAUGCUUUCCUAUGAACAUCCAAUCUAGUAAAUUAAGGAAAUCACCAGCAAUGCCUUCAGACAAGUACUGACUUUUUGAAGCUGCCAACACAAUGGCUGCUAAUCUAAAAUCUCUGGGCAAUGCCACAAAGAAAGAAACCUGUGUAUUAAUUAAAAAUACAAUGUUGUCGCCCUGUAAGAAAUUAAGUACUCAAUAGUAGAAUCUGCAGAGUGAUUAAAUUAAGUGGAAAGUAGUUCCAAAAUUGUUUGUUACCAUUGAGGAAGACACAUGUUGAGUCCUUCAAAUUCUCUUGCUUAGCAAUUACAGUUCUCUUCCCCUGCUUGGAAAUCUUCUAAGCCAUUCUGUUCCUUUUAAGUUUGCUCAGGCACCCAAGAACAUAAAGAGUUAAUGCCCUUGUAAUGGUCAUUUGUACAUAAAGUUGUAAUUAUUUAUUUUCUCAUUUGUACCAUAUCAAGGCUUUGUACAAUGUUUUACGUUUUGUUUUCAAAUUAUUUUGUAUUUUAUUUUUAUAAACUGGUUCUAAAUAAAAUAUUCAUUCAGCAUGCAAAA